AUGGCCGACAACACGCAAGUCGAGAAGGACGUCAAGAACGCCGAGGACGGCCUCGAGCCGACCAAGUCCCUGACCGCCGGCGAAGUCGCCCAUCUCGACGCCUCCGCGGAGUUCCUCUACCAGAACAACAUCACCGAAGAGUACCUGGCAGAGCUCGUCAACGACAAGGAGAAGAACCGCCGCCUCGUCCGCAAGAUCGACCUCAUCGUCCUGCCCCUGCUCGCGGGAACCUAUGUGCUGCAAUACAUCGACAAGCAGGCGCUGUCGUACGCGGCCGUCUUCGACCUUUUCACCAGCACCAGCGUGACGCAGACAGAGUACUCGUGGUUCGCGAGUAUCUUCUACGUGGCAUACCUGGUGGCGGAGUACCCGUGGGUUUUCCUUGCGCAGAAGACGCGCAUGGGAAAGGUUGUUGCGGGAUGCGUGCUUUCGUGGGGUUCCAUCUUGAUGAUCACGGCGGCGUGCCAUGACUUUCCUGGGCUUGCGGCCUGCAGAUUCCUGCUCGGAACUUUUGAGGCGCCGGUUACGACUCUGUUCAUGAUCAUGGUGUCCAUGUGGUAUGUUCGAUCGGAACAACCGCUGAGAGCAGGCCUCUUCUACUGCUGCAACGGUAUCGGAUCGAUGCUCGGUGGUAUUCUCAGUUACGGAAUCGGCCAGAUCGACUCGUUCCCCGUAUGGAAGGCCGUCUUUCUCAUUUGCGGUGGCAUGACCGUGCUCUGGGGUGGUCUUCUCCUCGUCUUCCUCCCUGACAGCAUUCUGACCGCCAAGCGCUUCUCGCUGGAGGAGCGUGCUCUGCUCGUUGGCCGCGCCCGCCUUGCCAAGACGGGUGUGAUGAACAAGACGAUUCAGUGGUAUCAGAUCAAGGAGGCAUGCCUUGACCCGCAGGUCUGGCUGCUCACGCUGUUUGUGCUGCUGAACGAGAUCAUCAACGGUGGCGUCGCCAACUUCGGAAAGCUCAUCAUCAAGGGACUCGUAUCGGACCCGUUGCUCACGACGGCGCUGGGUAUCCCGCAAGGCGCGUUCCAAGUCUUUUGGAUCCUGUCGGGAGCGUUCACGGCGACCAAGCUGAAGAACCAGCGCACGACCGUCAUGGCUCUCUGGCUCAUCCCCACCAUCAUCGGAUGCUGCAUGAUCUGGAAGUUGGACCGGAAGCACUACAAGAUCGGCGUUCUGUUCGGAUACUACCUCGUCGGUUCGUUCGUCGCGUCACUGGUUCUUGCGCUGCAGAUGCCGGCGACGAAUCUGGGCGGAUACACAAAGCGUAUCACUGCGUCGGCCAUCGUCUUCACCGCGUACUGCGUCGGCAACAUAAUCGGCCCUCAUGCCUUCCUGGCUGAAGAAGCGCCUCUGUAUCCGACGGGUUGCAAGGUGAUUCUGGCGUGCUCGGUUGCCCAGAUGUGUAUCGCCAUCGGACUGAGGGUGAUGUUGAUGCGUCGCAAUAAGUUGAGAGAUGAGGCGGCGGCGGCGGCGGGCAUCGCGCCAGAUGCCGAGCACGAGGAUGAGGGGGUUGAUCUGACUGAUAAGGAGAACCAAAACUUCCGCUAUGUGCUGCCUGCAUUGAUCUUCGGCACGGAGGCUAUCGAGGUAGCCCCAGAAUCCUGGGCCAUGGAGACCAUCGAGGGUGGCACGAGAAUCCUUCGCUAG